CUUUUUGGUCACGUGAUCUUGAUUGUAGUAUAUGUUUUGAUGUCGAGGUAUGGCUCUUUUGCUUAAUUAUCAGAAUAACCGUAGGGCCUCCUUACAAGGCGAUUCAACGUUGGAUUCUUAUCAUAAUCCAGCCAAUCAAUUGUUCUCUAAUCAGUCCUUUAAAGACGUUCUUAAAGCUCAAAAACAACAUAUCUUUGAAGUGUCACCGAAUGUUGAGAAUGGUAGUUUUAAACCUCUCAACGCCUAUUCAGCUUUUGUGGAAGCUACAGAACGGAGCUCCAUUGUAAUCGACUGUGCUCAAUUUUUGGGCAUGGAAUUUAAAGACAAAUCUUUACUCAAAAUAUUACACGAACAAUUUCCUAAAUGCCUUGGCCUCAAACCUAAAAUAAUUGGCAAGAACAAAAGAAAGGCUAUGGAGCUUGGCUUCUCGACUGAAAACACAUUGAAUGGAAAGAAAAUUGAACUGAACAAGACCCUUGACAAUUCUGCAAUGGUAAUCAACAUUGGUAUUUCUGAAAUUCUCCUCAUGGAAGAAGAAGUAUUGAAGCCAGCAUUGAUCAAUACCUUUGAACGCUUUGGCGAUAUUUUGAACAUUAGUAUCUCCAAGUACGCUGACUCCGAUUGGUUCACUGGUCGCAGUUUUGCUACACUUAAUAGGGAUAAAUUAAAAGAAACAACGUAUGCAGCCGAGCUCACUCCCCAAGUGAGACUUGUAGGUUUUCCAGGAGUAUUACUGAACAUCGUUUGGUCUCAAAUGAAGCCUAUUUGCACUGACUGUCAUACGGACGAACAUACCAAAUUUGACGGUCCCAAAAGAGCCAGAAAGCUAUGUUUCCGGUGCAAGAGGCCUAAACACUUGCAAGCCAAAUGCCCUACGGCACCUUAGAAUCGUGACCCCAAAACAAACAAAACAGGAAAGUCUGGACCUGAAGAGGAGUCAGAUAUGACAGCUGGCUUUAAAAGUAACAAUGCUACAGGAAUUAGAUGAGAAAUCAAUUUGCUCGAACUACUCAAGAAUGAUCCAGAGCCACAGGGAGUAGAAAUAAAAAUGACUGUUAUGAAAGAAGCAGUAUAUCUGGAGAACAGAAGCGUAUUGAUGAGUAGAUGUACCAGCAAAUCAAGCCAGCCUAUGAAGGAAGCUGUUCCCAUCAAGUCAGUUUCUACACUAAGAAGCUCCAGAAAUCAACAGACCAAAAAGCUAGAUGAUAUUAUCACUCGCAUACACUCAUUCUGCUCGACUAGUAAAGAGAAAACUAAAAUAAACAGGACAAUUACAAAGCGUAACUUGGAAGACGCUCUCUU